CAAAGUACGUACACUAAUAAUAUAUUAUUUAUAGAACAAAGUAUUAUGGUGAUUUCACAAACAAAUAACUAAGCUCUUCAAGCCAUAUCAUCACUCUCUACUACAUGGAGUACCAACCAAUAUUACCCUCUUUCGAAGUGCUUCUCUUUUCACUUUUUAUGUUUAUUGUGGUGAGCAUACUCUUGAAGAGAGCUCAAACAAGCAAUAACUCAGCUUCAAAACUACCCCCAGGACCAUGGAGACUACCCUUUGUGGGAAACUUGCACCAACUUUUGGGCACUUUUCCUCAUCACACACUCAGAGACUUAGCCAAAAAACACGGACCCUUCAUGUACCUUAAAAUUGGACAAGUUCCAACCAUAGUAGUUUCAUCACCAGAGUAUGCUAAAGAGGUCAUGAAAACCCAUGAUAUUGCUCUUGCAUCAAGACCACAAACUCUUGCUUCAAAAACCAUGGCUUUUGAUCACUCUACUGACAUUAUAUUUGCUCCAUAUAGUGAGUAUUGGAGAGAGCUUAGAAAGAUUUGUUCACAAGAGCUUCUAAGCCCAUCUAGGGUUAGAUCUUUUCAACCCAUUAGAGAAGAAGAGUCCAUUAAUAUGGUAAAAGAUAUAGCUUCAUCAAAAGUUGGCUCACCUAUCAAUCUCACUCAAAUGAUCACAUUUUUGUCUUAUAGCAUCACAUCUAGGGCUGCCUUUGGCAACAAAAGCAGUGAUCAUGAAGAGUUCAUAUCAAUUGUGGAGGAAAUUUUGAAAUUGUCUGGAGGAUUUGCAUUUGGAGAUGUGUUUCCAUCUUUGAGUUUUCUUGAUUGGUAUACUUUAAGUAAAUAUAAAGAUUGUAAAUUAAGGUUAUCAAGAAUAUUGGAAAGAAUAGUCAACUUACAUAUAGAUCAAGGUAAGGAUAUCAAGUCAUCAACAAAGAAAAGUGGAAGAGAGGAAGAUUUGGUUGAUGUUCUUUUGAGGUUUCAUAAGUGUGAAGAUCAUAAGUUCACAUUAACAAAUGACAAUAUUAAAGCAGUGAUUUGUGACAUAUUUGCUGGUGGGAGUGAAACAUCAGCAACAACUAUAAACUGGGCUAUGGCUGAAAUGAUGAGAAAUCCAAGAGUGAUGAACAAAGCUCAAGAUGAGGUUAGACAAGUCUUUGGUGAAAAAGGGUUAGUCAGUGAAUCUUUAAUCAAUGAGAUGAAAUACUUAAAAUCAGUUGUUAAAGAAACUCUAAGGUUGCAUCCUCCAGCUCCGUUGUUAGUACCACGAGAAAGUAGAGAAAAGUGUGAGAUUAAUGGCUAUGAAAUACCUAUUAAAACUCGGAUCAUUGUAAAUGCAUGGGCAAUUGGAAGAGAUCCUAAUUAUUGGAUUGAAUCCGAGAGUUUUAUGCCAGAGAGAUUUGUUGAUAGCUCUAUUGAUUUCAAGGGAAGUAAUUUUGAGUAUACUCCAUUUGGUGCCGGAAGAAGAAUAUGUCCCGGUAUGUCAUUUGGCCUAAUUAGUGUUGAGCUUCCUCUAGCAUUUUUGCUAUACCAUUUUGAUUGGAAACUUCCCAAUGAAAUGAAACAUGAAGAGUUGGACAUGACUGAGAGAUUUGGUAUUACAACCUGUAGAGAAAAGGAUUUGUACUUGAUUCCUUCUAAAUAUGAUCCACCUUCUAUGGCCAAAGCAAUGAAUAUAUAAAGUAGUUUGCUUUAGGCUGAUUUCUCUUCUUUUAUUAUUAUUGUUGUUGUUGUUGUGUAUUCUGACUGAAAUAAACCACAAAAAGCAUGUAGAUCUAGUAACUUUGUCGUAUAUUGCAAAUCUGUAUCAAUUUGGAAUAAUUAUAUCAAUAAAUAUUUGUUAGAUAUUUGACUCAAA